AUGUAUGUCUAUGAUAUUACUCCUUUAACUUAUUGUAUAAAUAGUGAUAGUCCUACUUUUUAUAAUGAUAUGGAAGAAUUUUUAAGCUACUUUUUAUCGAAAUCAUGUAAAUAUAUAUAUAUCUAUUUAUUUAAUCUAAUAACCUUCAUAAGAAAUGUUAUAUAUAGAAUAAUUAAGACUUCUACUGUAAAGCUAUAACUAAAAAUAAUCUAUAUAUCCUCAAAAGUACACCGAAAACAAUAAAAAAUUGGCUUUUGUCAACCCAGGUAUCAUUAGAGUCUUUAUUAAGGUCAAAACAUUUGGAUUUUGAAGCCUACAGAUUUUAAUCGAGGAAGUGGAAUUUUACUUUUUAACACUGCUAAGGAUUUAUUGGAUAUAUUUAAAAAAUACGGUGAUAAAUACAUGUAGAAAAAAUUCGUUAUAUAGAAAUACAUUGAAUAACCAUUAUUAAUAAAAGAAAGGAAAUUCGAUAUUAGAAUUUGGGUAAUGGUAGUUGAUAAUAAAUAAAACGAAAAAAAGAAUAAUAAUUAAAAUAAUUUAUAAAUUUAUAUUUUUAAAGAAGGCUAUAUAAGAACUUCUAGUGAAAAAUAUUAGACUUAAUAAUUAAAUGAUUUAAUUAUCCAUUUAACGAAUAAUGCAGUUUAGAAAACAGACUAAAGAUACUCAAGAUUUGAAUAAGGAAAUUAACUUUCUUAUGAUUAAUUGGAAUAGGUUGCUGGGAUUAAUUUUAGAAAAGAAAUUUUGGGAAAAAUAAAAGAAAUUAUAUGUUUUAGUAUUGAUGCGGUUAAAAAUAAAAUUAGUGGUAUUAAUAAUAAUUUUAAAGGGAAUUAAUUUGAGAUAUUUGGUUAUGACUUUAUUAUAGAUUAAUAAUUAAAUCCAUGGCUUAUUGAAGUUAAUACCAAUCCAUGUAUUGAAGAGUCCAGUUUACUUUUAAAAUAGUUAAUUCCGAGAAUGAUUGAUGAUGCUUUUAAAAUUAGUAUUGAUUCAUUUUUUUGUGGGGAAAAAAUUGAGGAAGGAAAAUAAUAUUUUAAACUUAAAAAUUAUAAUGAUGAUGAAAAUUUAUGGUUUUUUUUUUUAUAUUUCAAUUUUUUUUUAAAAAAAAACUAAUUUUUUAUAAAAAGGGAAUUAUAAUAAAAUGUAAAUUAUACAAUUUUAAAAAAGAAAAGAUUAUUAAAAGUAUAAAAAGUUUGA